CAAACGAAUGAAUUUUCUUCCUUCCUAAUCAUUGGUCUUCAAUUUUUUAAAAUCAAAUUUUAAAGUUGAAACAGUCAUUCAGAAAACUAUUAUAUAUGUAAAAAGUUUCUUUAAUGUAGUAUAUUCUUUAAUAAUUAAUAAUAUUAUUUUCUAACAAGAAAACAUUUAUAUUUUUUCCUAUCACUUCAAAUAAUUAAAAAUGAACGCCAGACACUUUAUAAAUUCUAUAGAUCAACUUUGGACAGAAGUGAUGAAAAGUGUUAAAGAUGCUGCCGUAUAUUUGGAUGAUUCUUCUGCAGAAUGCUUACAUUGGCAUGGAGGUUUAAAAAGAAUUUUAGACAGCGGUGCGGUAUCCGUUGAAAAUUUUUCGCCGUUUGUGAAAUCUGAUACUACACCAAAGAAGGCUGUUUUUGUUGUCAUGUCACCUCUUACUGGUGAGACAUGGAAGACAAUUGCAAUAGUGACUCAAGCUAAUAAUUUUAGGAACUGUGUCAUUGUAACAGCAUUGCCUCCCAAGUGCCACAGCAAUGAACCUGAAGGUGCAAACCAAAUAUUCAUUACUCUUGAAAAUAAACUACAAAACUGGCUGCAAAGUAAGAAUUUCUCUGCUACAGUAUCCCAUUUACCAAUUUUCCCAGCCUAUAUAUCACAAAAUCUAUUCCUAAUGCCAGCAUUUUCUAAGUUAUUUUCUGUUUUCAAAUGCUGCUCAACAGAAAUGCAUUUAAAGAAAACAGAAGAUUUAUCCAUUAGAAGUGUAUCUUCUGAAAUGCAGUCCUCCAUUAUACAAUUAUCUUAUUGUUUGCUGUCACUUCUGGAUACAUUUCAAAUCAAAGGAGAUUUUUUCUCUCUGGGCCCUUUGAGCCACAUUCUAUGUUCUGAACUAGAAAAUAUAUCCCAUCAACAAAAGAAGUCAUACUCUAGAAAAGCAUCAGUUGUCAUUGUUGAUCGCCUUUUGGACCUUGCUGGACCUUUAAGUCAGUCCUUUGAAACGAUGUUGGAUAAAAUACUUUUAGCAUUACCUCAUUUUCCUGGACAUACAUUUGAUGUUGCUGUACCAAUGAAUUAUUUAGCUGCUUGUAAAAAUGCAUCAGUCUUUGGUAGACCUUUAUUGGCUCCUGGAUGUCUAUCUCAUAGAAAUAACUCUUUUGAAGAUAGUGCUUUAAAUGCCAUUCUUAACAAGAAGCCCAGAGAAGUUUUGAUUGAUGUUAAUCGCUGUAUUGCUGAGUGUGCUGCAAGAGAAGGAAUUAAAUUAGAUCUUACAUCCCGAUUAACACCAGAGACUUUAAAACAAAGAAUUCUGGAGUUUAAGUCAAAACCGAAAUCAAUCCUCAAUUACAAUGGUUUGUUUCAACAAGUACUUGCUAUUGUUCAAGCUCUAGAGUAUUCUUCUUCAAAUUCUAUUGACAAUUUAUCAGCUUUAGAGAAAGCUUUGUUGGAAUAUUUAACAACAUCUCCAGAGGAAGUUUUAAAUUACAUAAUGCAAAUGAUUUCUGAAAAAGAAGAGAUGAAUUACAAGAUGGAAGAAAUUCUUAUAUUUUUAGCCUUUUUUUACAUAUUGUCUGGUGAAAGCUCUAUUCCAAAUGAAUCUGCUAUGCAGGCUACGUUAAUGGAAGAGUUUUUUCAAGAUAAAAAUGCAGAUGAAUUACUAUCAUUGUUUGUUGAUGAAGAACAUUUGGAAGAUGAUGAAUAUGUUUUAAAUUCAGUUCGAACACUGUUUGAUGUUUUUAAAAGGGUUGGCCUACUACGAAAAAAAUUCAAAAGAUAUCCAACACUUUUCAAAUCAACAAAUCCUGCCUUUCCUGCUUCUUAUAAUCCUUUACUGAAGCAGUUAUUGACUGACAUUUUUGAUCCAUCAAUCAAUGACAUUCUUGAUAUUGAAUUCCAUUCUGCUGGUCUGAGAGAUUACAUUAAAACAGGUUUUAGUUUGUUCAUGAAUGUUACCAAGCCUCAGCCCCGAGAUAAUCCUGUUAUAUUCCUCAUUGUUCUUGGUGGUAUUACUCCAUCUGAAAUUAAGCUUAUUCAAGAAACUGCUGCUCAGAAAAAGGGUGUUCAGAUCAUUUUAGGCAGCACAGAUGUGCUGACUCCGAAAAAUGUAUUAAAAGAUUUGGGCUUGGUUGUGAAAGAAUUGGUGCAGGAAGAGUAUGAAGAUGAUCUGUUAUAACUUAUGAAUUUUGUAUAUAAUGUAAUUAAAAUAUUUUUAU